GUCAUCGGCUGUUGGUCGCUCUACGGCGGAGGUUAUGACCCGUAAAGUGAUCUAAAAUGGACAUGUAUUCGUCCGUAAUUUCUAAUUAAAGUGAUUAAAUAGCAUUUUAGCAAUAAAAAUGCAUGUCUUAUUAAUAUUGUGUUUUAUAAUCGUCGGUAUAUAUUCGUGUGUUUCAUGGCUCCUCCCGACUCUCUUGGCCUGGCUGUUCAAGAGAAAGUACCAUAUAAAGCUGAAAAUAGGUCGCAUUGGUUUGCCGAAGUUAAUAUUACGAGAUGUUAACUUAUCUAGAGAUGGAUAUUCCAUUCAAAUCGACGAAAUCUCCUUCAGCAGUAGUUUCUUCAACUCGGAAACCAACAAACUUGUAUCCGUACUCAUCCGCGGCUUCAACGUAACCAACAUUGUAGAAGAGAAGCGGAGUACAGUCGAGACUAUUCUGAAGCCGUUGCUGUCGAAACAGAACUCGACUAAUAGUAGGGGGGAGGUGGAGGAGGUGACAUUUGAGGAGUUAGAUCGAGGGUUGAGGGUGACGGAGAGGAAGCUGCUGGAUUUUAGGGAUAAGAAGCUACCGCCUAGCUUAAUAAUGUUUGCUCAGUUCAUGGGGGUCCACAUAACCAACGCGACGGUGACCAUCCACGGUCCCUCCUUCACGCUGGAAGGCUCAGCGUGCCAACUCCAUGCAGAUGGAGCUGCGGGCGGCCCGGCGCGCGCUCUGGUGUUCUGCGCUAAUCUGCUUGAAGCCAAGGCUCGCGUUCUGAAGGAGCGGAAAGUUUUCGCAGAAGCAGGACUCAGUGUACUAGUUGAGGGCACAGUGAAAGCUGAUGGACCGCUCAAUGUUGAGAAAAUUCACUGUGCCGUCAGCAACACUCAGAUAUCAUUCCACGACGAGCUGCACGAGCUGGUUAAGAAGCAGAGGCGAUACAAGCGACCGCAGGUUAGACAGUAUACUUCUGAAGAUCAAGAGGCGUCGCCUGCGUUACCGAGGUUGUCACCUGUAGUACCAAAGAUAUUUAGUUUAAAGAUUGACACAACGAAUGUAACAUGUAUAGACAACGUUACGAAAACGGACUUCAAGGCAUCUCUCAACAGUUUCCAAGUAAACUCUCGAUUUUGCGCCGCAUCAGUACACACGGACGCCGCAGGCGUAGAGUCGUGCGCCCGCGUGCAAAUGUACGUGGCGUUGCAGUUAGAGCAACUGCAAGUGACCGCGCAGUGUCGGAAGGAAAUGUGUGAAGAUGUGCUGCUUUAUAAUAACAAGCUAAAGUUGGAUGCCAAGCUAGAAAAAGGCGUGCUGAACCUCUACCUGAUUCUGAGCACGCUCAAACUGUCGUACGGCCAUGAGAACGUGUUCCGCUGGUACACCUCAGUACUGGAGAGGCUCGACAAGACCAAGCCUAUGAAGAUACAGCCGGCUACCACGACCCAAUCUCUAGGUCUCCUGGACAGCAUACUCCGCGCAUGCGUGGUGCAAGGUUGCGCAGAACUAAGACACGGUUCGCUGCGCGCACGCCUCCCUGCCCCACUGUCGAUUGGUUGCCAGGGUCUCAAGGUCAAGCUGGAUCAACUAGUGGACACAAGAGAGGAGCCCUACACUGCGUCAUUCCCGCGUGUCCUCCUCGGCUCUCGGCAUUGGAGCACAGAACUCCUCAUAGACUCCGGUUGGUUGUCGUGCGAUUCCAGAGAAGAUCCCCCUCCGCGGAAACACCACGCUUGGGGCGCGGCAUUACUCGCGGUUGCCCUUGUCAAAUGGGGCAGCCAUGGGCCCAGGGACUCCAAGGUUGAAGCCAUGAUGGACUGCCUCCGCAUCGAAUGGUCCAACACCGUGGCCACAACCCUCGUCAGCUUCCUCGACUGCGUCCACGCCUACCGCUCCCCCCGCGCCGCCGACCCCUCCCCCCCCUCCCCCUGCCUCGUCACCCUCAACGUGGCAUUGUCACAUAUCAAUGCCUUCUUGAUAGUGAAUGAGAGCAUGUGUCUGAUGAUGAGGGUAGACGCGGUGACGGUAGAGAGGGGGGCGGUGCGGGGGGCCGCGGUGGUGUCGGGGGUGAAGGUGGUUGAUAUGGUGCCUUUCAAAGGCAAUUUCCAAUGUCAACGCUCAGACGAGAUCCCAAAAUCAUUUUUCCACGUCCGUCUAGCGAGAAUAGAACACACACCACACGAAGAAAAUAAUUCCUCCCUCUUAGACUUCCAAUUCCUCGAAACUACGGACUGCGAAUGGAGUGCCAACUUACACUUAAAGAUAAUGCAGUUCGUGAAGGCGGUGAAAGGGUUUAAGGAGGAGUUGGGGAAGUGGAGACGUGGGGGUGGGGGGAAGAAGAGUAAGUUGGAUUGGAGGGUGGGGAUUAAGGGGGAGACGAGCUUGGCGCUGUUGUUGUCCAAGGAGAAUAAUAUGAUAUUUGUUACUGAUGACCUAACAGUCUCCUACGACCACAUACUUGGACUAUCCAUAGUCUGGAGUCAGUUAAAGAUGAUUCUCAAUGGCGAUGAAGUUGUCACAGUAGAAGGUUACACACAGGAGAGACCCCAAGAUGACCACGAGGUCAGAGUGGAACGGAGUGCUGCUGAGGGCUUUGUGUUACCUUGGAACAGGGUUUGGGCGGUGACCGUAGAAUCGGUAAGAGUAAUAUUCCCAUACAAGCAUCGUUUCUCGGACGCGGUGCAAGGCGACUUCGUGUCGCACUUCAAGUGGAUUAAGAAGAUACAUGGCAUCGGAAAGACGAAGCGCGAGAAUACGCUCCCUAGCGACUUACAUAUUAAGAUCGAAGAGGUCCUGAUAGAAAUGAGUGACGACCCGUUCGAAGUGAAGCUGCGGGACAAUUAUGAAUUGCUAGAAGAUGAGUAUAAAGAGAGCCAAAAGCGACGGAGCAUGCUGGAUGCGAAGGUCCAAGAGCUCUGUAAGCCCCACCUAUUCCUCCCAGCCGGGAAAAUCGACGAACUCUACGCAGCUCUAAGUCAGAAGGACGCUCAGAUCUACGUCGUCCGUUGCCGCGCCGCGCCGCCGCCGCGGACUCGCCUCGUCGCGUGUUGUUUGAGCGGCUUCAGGCUGCUGGCGUUGGCUGAUCCGAGCAUACAUGGAGUGAGAGCGCAGGAUAAGCUGAGAGAGCUGGACGCGGACAGCCCAUGGCCCGAAGACGGCGUAGAAUUCACCACCCUGUGGUGUCGCGCCAUCAGCCUGAACUGCGCACAGUGGCAGCUGUUGCUCCGAGACUUCCCGCAGCCAUUGCUCCGGCUGAGCUCACUGCGGUUGUGGGGCUCUCUCUGUGGCGCCGAGGAGCAUCCGCCGCCUAGAGCCGUCCGAACAGUAACGAUAGACCAAGGGGACCCGUGGGGCGAGAUGGACUUAGAACGAAGCAUGAUGCCCCUUAAGUGGUAUUACGACUUGUGUUGCGAAAUGGCCGAGUUUAGCUACGCGUUCGGACCUUGCUGGGAGCCGGUUAUCGCACAAUGCAACUUAUCAUUCGACCAAGUAUCGCGCCCAUCUCUGGACCCGUCAGCGCCGCUCGCGUUUUGGGACAAAGUGCGCCUCCUGAUGCACGGACGACUAACUGCGAAUUGUGGGAAGUUCACAUGUCUGCUACAUGUGUCGUUGGACCCUUAUAACACUACAGAAGAAAUGGAAUUGACGUGGACCGACUUGGUUUUAGACUGGACUAAUGGCAAGCUCGGCUUCCUCGGCGAGUUGAACGUGUUCGUCCGUACUGCCAGCAAGUACGACGACUGUCGCGUGCUGCGGGUUCCAGCCCUGAAACUGUCAGUGAAGCUUGGCUGGUUAUGUGUUGGUGAUCCGCGCGACCAUCGUGCCGUGGCGCCGUGCGCGCCUACGCGAUUACCAGAGUACUCUAGCAACCAGGAACAUGAUUCGUACCGAGCUUUCCGGUCUCAAAAUCUGGAUCUGCACAUAAGUAUGGAAACGAAACCUAUUGAGAGGGAUGGACCUAUUCUACUAUUAUAUGGAAGUACAUUAAGAUGGUUCGAGAGUCUGAAACUGAUUCUGUCCGGUGUGACUCGGCCGACGCGCCGCGGACGCGUGUUUGAAAACCUUAAACCGCGCAAACUGCAGCUAUCUCGUCACUACCGGGAAGUCAGCGCCGCGGUCACACUACACAACCUGCAGGUGUUCUACUGGUCUUCUUCAUCUAUGCAACGCGGCAUAGAGAUGCUCGGAGUCCGCGUCACCUGCGGCUCCAAACAUCGACUGUCCCUUGUAAAAACUAGCGACAAUCUAGUGAGGAGGCCCCGAGCCAACUGGACGACGGGUUAUAUGAAUUGCGACCUUAAUGACGCGGAGAUAUGGUUGAAAACGCCGGUGGCCAUGCCUGAUGACCGGGACGGUGAUGAGACCUUAGCCCUGAAGCCCGCACCAAUGGAAAAAUGCUACUGCCUGUCCGUCCGCCGAGUGUCAUACGGGCGCGAGUGCGGGGACGCCGAGUCCGCGCCGACGCAUCGCCUGGCCGUCCACGAUCUACGGGGAGCGUGGACGAAACUUAACAGGGACUUGGCUUUCGCGCUUAUCGACACGUAUAUUAAAACACAGCAACUGAAGAAGAACCUGUCAACAAAAGCGCUCAAAGAAGAAGACAGGCUGGACGCAUCACCGAAACACCAGCGAGAGGGUGAUGUUGCGUCCCCACCGCCCGCCUCGACGCAAUCAAGCAGUGCCCCUGGUUCCAACGCUGAAGGAAUGCUGGCAGCCCUAGUGGCUGAGGCCGGCAGCGAAGCCCCCGUAGUAUUCAGCGACGAUUUGAGUGGCGCCGAAGGGGACACGCCUCCGUCCCAUCCUCACCAUCCCCGUCAUGUUCUGGAUGAUGAAAACGCCCAUACGGCGUUUCUUAUUGAGUUAGUAAAUUCGCAAGUGGUCCUGAAAGGCUGUGAGAGUCGCGGCUAUGUAAUUCUGUGUGCGGCGCGCGCUGAAGUUCGGCAACGGGUACGUCGUUCGCCUGCCGCUACAGCCUGGAGCGGGGCGUUGUCGGCCAUGCAGUACUAUGCCACUGUUAGCGCGGGCGACAAAGACCAGCUGGACGAAAACAUCCAAUGGGUAUCAGUAGAAGAGAUCUCGGAGCGUUGUGGCGGCGCUGAAAUCAGCACUUUACCGGACGUGCCACGGCUUGUGGGCAGUGGACACUCGGCAGGAGGGGUCAUAGGGCGCUGCGUCGGGCCCAGUGAGCACGCUGGCCUUGCACAGCUCCAACGCAUAGUUUCCCGCUGCGCAUGCGAGUUCUACUACGUGUCCCACGACUCAGCAGAAGUUAGCAGCGGCGGUGCCGCAGGUUGGGCGUCAGCCCCUCAACCUUAUGACUCCUUUACACUCAUGCAUCACGAUCUCGACGUGUGCACCAACUCGCUGCAGUACGCCAUGCUCCUCGACGUAGUGAACAACGUGGUACUACACGUUGAGCCAGAGCGCAGGCGCACGCUGGAGAGGCGCGCGCGCACGCGCUUUCAGUUACAGUUACAUCAGGAUCAGGAUCCAAGGACGCUCAUACAUAGCACACAGACUCAGGUCCGCGAAUCCCUCGCUCGUCUCCGGCGCCUAGAGAAAGAGUACUAUCUGAAGAACCGCUCCAUUUCUAGCGACGACCCCGACCCGUUAGCCGUCGCUGAGCUGAAGAGUUUGGACGACCAGGUCAACGAAUGCAAAGAUACCGUCUGGUGCCUCGGCGAAGAGCUAGACGCGAUGGUCCGCGCCUGGCGAGAGAGCCGUCGAGGGGCCGCCCCAGCCGUGCGGAGCCCCUCGGCCCCUCCGCAUAGAUACAACGAGAUCUGCUUCAAGAGCGCUCGCUGGAGACUGACAGAUGCUGACGGACAGUUGGGCAUCGCUGACUUGCUGUUGACUAACUUCCUGUACACGAAGACUUCCCGCUCGGAUGACUCGGUCGAGCAUCAGCUCGAAGUGGGAUACGUCCGCGUCACCAAUCUACUGCCGAAUGAACCAUUCCCAGAGGUGUUGGUGCCCCAAGCGCCCUCAGGGCGGGCGCCGCUGGCGCGUCGUGCGACGCUACGCGUAUUCUGCAGAGAUCGACCGCCUGUAGGCGGCAUCAGUGUUAAAGAACAUUUUGAAGUCAACAUCGUACCUAUCAGGAUAGGUCUCACAAAGAAGUUCUUCAACACCAUGCUAAAGUUCUGCUUCCCCGAGCGCGACCCUGACUCCAUCGAGGAUGGGGAGGAAGAUGAGGGAACUCUCCGAGCUGGUUCCUCUACGGCCAGCCUGGUUUCCACAGGGUCGAAGAAAUCUAAGAAAAAGGGCAAGGAUUCUAACUCCAACUUCUAUGUCAAGAGAGAUAAGAAGGAUAAAGAUGAUGUGGAAAAGAUGAAGGAGCGCGCAGAAAAGAACAAACUAUUCAUCUACAUCAAGAUCCCAGAAGUGCCGGUGCGCGUGUCCUACAAGGGCAGCAAAGAAAAAAAUCUAGAGGAUGUCAGGGACCUUCCGCUAGUUCUUCCUACCUUGGAGUACCACAAUGUUACUUGGACGUGGCUGGACCUGGUGCAAGCAACCAAGAGCGAUACCAGAAGGGUGAUAGUGUCGCAGGCGAUCCGUCAGAAGCUGCAACUGCACCGGCGCUCCGCCGCCGCACCGGAGCCGCAUGAGGAAGAUAAAGCCAGGCUGCUUCUUGGAGAGAGAACCGUAGCGGAGAACAAACCUCAAAAGAAAAGCACCCCAGGCGUAUUCAAGUUCUCCAAAUCCUAGCGCAAGCAUUUAUUCUAAAACGAACCAUACGCAGACUGCAUAAGAUUCACUUUUGAAUCAUAGCUUAAGCAUAGUCCAGGCUAGUGUAGACACUAGUUAUCAGUUAAUUUUCGGAAGGUUGUAUAUCGAUGUUCGAUUUAAGCGAAAUUGUAACGUAACUCGUAUACUUUUUGGGUUAUUUUACGGUGUCAGAGAAGGUUGGAAUACGAACCUGCGUAAGUUAUAUUUACACAUUGUGCAACAUCGACUACUGAAAAAUGUAGACUCAUUA